AUGGCGGCGGAGAAGCUGCGGGAUCUUAGCCAGCCAAUUGACGUGCGGCUGCUCGACGCCACCGUCUCAGCGUUCUAUGGCACCGGCUCCAGAGAGGAGAGGCAUGCGGCAGAUCAAAUCUUGCGUGAGCUGCAGAAUAAUCCAGAUAUGUGGCUACAAGUGGUUCACAUUCUGCAGAACUCCCAAAAUUUGAAUACCAAGUUCUUUGCUCUCCAAGUACUUGAAAAUGUUAUCAAAUAUAAAUGGAACGCUUUGCCAGUGGAACAACGUGAUGGUAUGAAGAAUUAUAUAUCUGAUGUCAUUGUUCAGCUCUCAAGCAAUGAGGUUUCCUUUCGACAAGAGAGACUUUAUGUCAAUAAGCUCAACAUUAUUCUGGUGCAGGUUUUAAAGCAUGAGUGGCCUGCCAGGUGGACAACCUUCAUCCCUGAUCUUAUUGCAGCAGCAAGGAGUAGUGAAACAAUAUGUGAGAAUUGUAUGGCAAUACUGAAGCUGUUAAGUGAAGAAAUUUUUGAUUUCUCAAGAGGGGAAAUGACGCAACAAAAGAUCAAAGAGCUGAAGGGUUCACUAAAUAGUGAAUUUCGUCUUAUUCAUGAGCUCUGCUUAUAUGUCCUGUCUGUGUCACAAAGACCUGAACUUGUUCGUGCUACAUUGGCCACACUUCAUGCUUUCCUGUCAUGGAUCCCCAUCGGUUUCAUAUUUGAAUCACCUCUGCUGGAGACACUUUUGAAGUUUUUCCCUAUUGCUGCUUACCGGAAUCUUACACUUCAAUGCCUAACAGAGGUUGCUGCUCUUCAUUUCGGUGAUUUCUAUGACAUGCAAUAUGUCAAGAUGUAUUCAGUCUUUAUGGUGCAGCUGCAGGCUAUUCUUCCUUGUGGAACAAUUUCAGAUGGCUAUGCCAAUGGUUCUAAUGAAGAACAGGCAUUUAUCCAAAAUCUUGCACUUCUUUUGACAUCCUUCUUCAAGAAUCACAUGCGCAUACUGGAAACAACUCCUGAAAAUAGAGCUGCAUUGCUUUUGGGCCUUGACUACCUCAUUGAAAUUUCAUUUGUUGAUGACACAGAGAUGUUUAAGGUCUGCUUGGAUUACUGGAAUCUGUUUGUUCUAGAAUUAUUUGAAACAUACAACCAAGUGGAGCGAUUGAUGGAACUUCAGACUCAGCUGAUUCCUGGAACUGAUGAUGGUACGCUCAUAGCUGUUCAACAUAGGAGGCAACUUUAUGCAGGAUCACUUUCGAAGUUAAGAACGUUAAUGAUCUGUCGGAUGGCAAAGCCAGAGGAGGUUUUGAUUGUUGAAGAUGAGAAUGGGAAUAUUGUACGAGAAACAUUGAAAGAUAAUGAUGUCCUUGUUCAGUACAAGAUCAUGAGGGAAACACUAAUAUACUUGUCACAUCUUGAUCACGAAGAUACAGAACAGCAGAUGUUGAGGAAAUUAAGCAAGCAAUUAAAUGGUGAAGACUGGAGCUGGAAUAACUUAAAUACUCUAUGCUGGGCAAUUGGAUCCAUUUCUGGUUCUAUGGUGGAGGAACAGGAAAACCGGUUUUUGGUUUUGGUUAUUCGUGAUUUGUUGAAUCUUUGUGAGAUUACGAAAGGGAAAGAUAACAAAGCUGUGAUAGCAAGUAAUAUUAUGUAUGUUGUGGGGCAAUAUCCAAGGUUUCUAAGGGCACACUGGAAGUUUUUAAAAACAGUGGUCAACAAAUUAUUUGAGUUCAUGCACGAGAUGCAUCCUGGAGUUCAGGAUAUGGCAUGCGACACUUUCCUGAAAAUUGUUCAGAAGUGCAAGCGCAAGUUUGUGACACUCCAGGUGGGUGAGAAUGAACCAUUUGUUUCUGUGCUGUUGUCCAACCUUCCUACCACAAUAGCAGACCUUGAGCCUCAUCAGAUCCAUUCAUUCUAUGAAUCGGUUGGUCAGAUGAUUCAAGCUGAAUCUGACAAUACUAAGAGGGAGGAGUAUCUCAAGAGAUUGAUGAGCCUACCUAAUCAGAAAUGGGUUGAAAUAAUUGGGGAGGCUGGCCGAAGCACUGAUAUUUUGAAAAACCAAGAUGUCAUCAGAUCUGUUCUGAACAUCUUACAGACGAACACAGGUGUUGCAUGCUCACUUGGACCUUAUUUUUUCCCACAAAUUUCAGUAAUCUUUCUGGACAUGUUGACAGUGUAUAGAAUGUACAGCGAACUGGUGUCAAACACUAUCUCUGAAGGAGGGCCUUUUGCUUCAAAGACAUCAUUUGUAAAACUUCUGAGAUCAGUAAAGAGGGAGACAUUAAAAUUGAUCGAGACUUUUCUGGACAAAGCCGAAGAUUUACCACACUUGGGGAAACAGUUUGUUCCCCCAAUGAUGGAUCCUGUUCUAGGUGAUUACGCUAGAAACGUGCCUGAUGCAAGAGAAUCUGAAGUUUUGUCAUUAUUCGCGACAAUUAUAAACAAGUACAAAGGUGAGAUGCUUGAGGAAGUUCCUCGCAUUUUUGAGGCUGUUUUUCAGUGUACUCUUGAGAUGAUCACCAAAAACUUUGAAGACUAUCCUGAGCAUCGCCUUAAAUUUUUCUCCUUGCUUCGUGCCAUUGGUACACAUUGUUUCCAAGCUUUUAUUCAGCUCUCUAGUCAGCAACUAACGCUUGUUAUGGAUUCCAUAAGUUGGGCAUUUCGACAUACAGAGAGAAAUAUUGCUGAGACCGGUCUAAGCCUGUUAUUGGAAAUUUUGAAGAACUUCGAGGCUUCAGGGUUCCAAAAUCAGUUCUACAAGACAUACUUCUUAAAUAUCGAGCAGGAGAUAUUUGCAGUGCUCACAGACACAUUCCACAAACCUGGUUUCAAGCUUCACGUUUCUGUGCUUCAACAUUUGUUCUAUGUGGUUGAUGGUCUAACGGAGCCUCUCUGGGAUGCCUCAGCAGCUCCUUCUCAAUUCACAAAUAAUGCAAUGUUUGUUCGAGACUACACUAUUAAACUUCUCAGCUCAUCCUUUCCUAACAUGACGCCUGUAGAGGUAGCAAAGUUUGUUGAUGGACUUUUUAGUUCAAAAACUGAUCCUCCCAAUUUUAAGAAUCAUAUAAGGGAUUUUCUUGUUCAAUCGAAGGAGUUCUCUGCCCAGGAUAACAAGGAUCUAUAUGCUGAAGAGGCUGCUGCUCAGAGGGAAAAGGAACGCCAACGUAUGCUUUCCAUUCCAGGGCUCAUCGCCCCGAAUGAAUUGCAGGAUGAGAUGGUGGAUUCAUAG